AUGAAUUUCAACUAUAUUAUAAAGUCUAAUGAAUUAAAAUAUGAGAAAGGGAAAAGUAAUGAGUUUUAUGUUUCUUCUAAAGGAUCGAUAGAUAUUAAUAAUGAAAAUUUUGUGAAGCAUUACGAAAAUUACUUAAAAAAUGAAAAUAAAUUAUUCAUAUAUUCAUGCCAUCAAUUGUUUGAAGCAUCAAACUACAAUCAUUUGGAAAAAAUUUUGUGUAAUUAUGGAACCAAUGAUGUUGUAGAGAAGUUUAAUGCAAAACUAUCCUGUGCUCAAGGGUUUAAAAAUGAAUUAGUAGAAAAUUACAAAAUGUCUAAAGAAGAUGAAUAUCUGGAAAAUGUAUUAAAGAGAGAAAAACACACAACAUACCAUAAUAUUAGACAAAAUUGUAUUGUAAAAAUGGAAAAAGAGUUUAAUAUAAAGACUAAAGAAGAGUACGACAAUUUUGAAAGACACGAAAUAGAAAAACAAGAUUUUCAAAAAAAAAAAAAGAUUGAAAAUAUUUUAUUGGAUAUAAUAAAUGCUUCAAUAAAAUUAAAAAAAAUUGAAGAUAAUUAUGGGGAUCAUUUUUUAUACGAAAAAUUAUUUACUUUAGAAAAAAAUUUGUUUGCAAAAAAAAUAAAAAACAUUGAUGAACAUGUUCAGGCAAAUAUCCAUUUGAAUCAGACAAACAAUAGAAUUAUUGAAUAUACAAAAAAAAUAAAAAGUAAUAACAUAUAUUAUAAAAAUGAAGAUAAUAAUGAAUUAAAUAAAUUUAUAUCAACCUCUACUAUUUUAAAGGAUCAAAAAAUAGACAAUUUCUUUUUCUUAAACUUGAGAGAUGUCUCUUAUUUAGAUAAAAAUAACAACAUCGAAAAACGGGCAUUCAUAAGUCUAAUAGAAUAUUUAAGCGCAAAUUCAAAUGUUUUAAACAUAAAAAAUAAAUUUCCAAGUAUCGAUUUUUUGAAUAAACUUUCAAACAAAUUGUGGGACCGAUAUUUUAAUUAUAAAGAAAAAAUAUUAGACCAAAUAAGUUAUCCCGACUUUAAUCAUGUAAAUGAACAAAUGGUUAUAAAUUUUGAAAAUACUGACAAGACUUUUCAAUAUUCGGCUAGUGACUAUUCAGAAGGAAAAAUAAAUGGAUUGGGAGUUUUGAAGUUUUUAAUUUUAAACAUAUUCCGAAAAAGGGUUUAUAUUAUUUUUUUUUUUUUUCGAAUAUUUAGCUCGAUGAAUUUCGGUUCAAGACUCAAAAUACCUUUAAAAAUAGUUAUUACCGGAAAAAUUAAAAAAGAAGUUAAAGUUUUAGCAAAAUAUUUAAAAAAUAAAUAUUCCUUAAAGGUCUAUGAUUUUGAUAAGAUACAAAAAGAGGCUGAAUAUAUUUGUCAAAAAAAUAAUGUAAAUAAAAAUGUGUCAGAUUUAAAUGGAGAAACAAAUGAAGAGGGUUGUCAAAAUGCAAAAUAUAAAAUAUCCAAGAAGCUUAAGAAAAUAAUAAAUAAAUUAAAACAAGAGGAAAUAAGUGACUAUACUAAAGACAUACUUUAUGUUGAUUUAUUAUAUUAUCGAAUAAAAUAUGACAAUGAUAUAUUUCUUAAUAUCAAUAAAAAAUGCAAAAAAUAUAAUGGAUAUAUUAUCAUUAAUUUUUUUUAUUCACUAAGACAGUAUAUACUUUAUGAGCUUAAAUUCAAGAACCGCUUUUUUUUAAAUAAUUUUGUCCAUAAUAAUUUAGAUAUAGUUAAAAAGGCUCGAAGUUUGCUUGAAUUGGAAACGACAUAUCUUAAAAAAAAUGAAAACAAGGAAAAUGUGAUGGAGGAAAAUGGUCAUGCCUCAAAAGACAUAAAUAGGGAGGAUGAAACAAGCAAAGAUAUUGCAAAAAAUAAUAAAAGAAAAAAAAAUAAAUUACAAAAAAAGUUAAAUUCAAUUAUGAAUGAAGAAAAUGAGAUAGGAAACCAAAGUAAUGAUAGCUACAUUAAUUAUAUUGAAAAAAAGAAUAUUUUAUUUUUUUCUAAUUUUAUUUGUAAAAUUUUUGAUAUAAAUAAAAUGAAAAAUAAAGACAAAUUUGAAUCAAUAGAUAUGCAUUUCCAUAUAAAUAUAAAUAAAAGAAAAAUGAACAAAUAUUUGUAUAGAUACUUUAAUAAAAAUAAUAUAUAUUAUUCUAUAAGUUGUCAUAAAUGUGAGGAUGUGUGUGAAGAUAAAGACAAAUUUGAAUUUGGAUAUGAAGGAAAAAAUGAAAAUCCAGACCUUCAUUUACGUAUUUAUUUAAAAAGGCUAACUAAAAUUGGGAUAGAAAAUCAACAUGUUUCAAAUAUAGAAACAAAAAAGAAAUAUAUUAUGAUAAAGUGCAACAUUGUUUUAUUAUGCAAACAUUUAAAAAAAAAAAAAAAUAUAAAAAAAAAAAAUGAAGGAAAAUGUAGCUUUUUAAAAUUAGAAAAAUAUUAUGAAGAGAAAAACAAAGUAGCAAAAUAUUCGUAUCCAUAUUUAAUCAAAAAAAAUUUCCAAUAUGAUAAAAGUUAUGUUGAAAUAAAUAAAUUUUUAAAGAGUUACACAAACUCUCCAAGAAUUUAUGUUUUAAAAAAAUAUAUUUUUAAAUAUUCAAGUAAAAUAAUAAAAAAAGCAAUUAUUUCAUUGAAAAAGAUUUCUAAUGAUUGUGGAGAAAGACAGGAGUUAAAAACAAGUAUAGAUAACAUUGUAGAUAAGGAUAAAAUAUAUAAAUAUGUAAAACGAAUAAAUAUAGACAAAAAUUUAGUGAACUAUUUUAGAGAGCGAUAUUUAAAUAUAAUAAGAUCGUACAUAAUACAGUUGUUUAAUUUAUUUGCUUGGGAAGAAAAAUUUGAACAAAAUAUAAAAAAAAAUAUAAAACAUAUAAAAAAAAAUGUCUAUUCAUUUAUAGAUUUUAUAGAUAUGCACAAAAUUAAUGAUGUUAUAAAAUUACAAAACAAUAUGACAAAAAUAGGAAUACAAAAUGAUAAGAGUAAAAUGUUAAUGCUUAAUAUGGUGAUAAAUAUUCAAAAAAAAAUAUGGAUAAAUAUACUGAAAGCUAAAAAUAAAAAUUAUAAAAAAAAAUAUAUAUAUAUUCAAACUUGGUUUUAUAGACAAUUAAUUUUUUUAACAUUUUUAAAAUUUAAUCAAAUUAAUAUAGAACAUAAAUUAUACACCGAUUUACAAUUUUUUGUUCAUGAGUUUAUUUACUCUCUAUUACAUUAUGACAAUAUAAUGUUGUGUAAAAAUGAAGAUCGAAAUAAAUUUUAUGUUUUUAAUUAUUUCCCAAAAAAUAUAAAAGAAUUAUUUAUAUAUGAAAAUGGUAAUUAUCAUUUUCCUUUUUAUAAUUUAAUGAAGAAAGAUAGCACCAAAUUUUUUGUAGACAUACCUGAAGAUAACCAUAAUAAAAAAUCCAACAAGCCAAACAAUUCUGAAAAUAAAAAUAAUAAUAUAAAUCAAUAUUUAAAACAUGAACAAAGUUAUAUAUUUUUAGCAAAAGAAUAUAAAGCUAUAAGUAAUUUUAUUUUUUAUUAUAAACUUGAUGAAAUAAUUAAUAAUUCUAUAAUUUCCUUACGAAAUAAAAUAUAUAUUUUCCAAGACAUUAAUAACAAAAUCAAUGCAUUUGUUACUUUACAUUAUACAUGUGUUUACAACCGAUUGAAUUAUGUGUGUGACUUGGUUAGAAAUUAUAUACUAGCAUUUAAGCCAAUUCCUAGUCACUUAUUCGAUACAUUAAAUGGGAACUUUUAUAAUAAGCUCGAUGAUGUUACAAAAUUAGAAAAUGAAAUAUCGUUCAAAGAUGGUGAAGAAAAAAGUGAUUUUCAAAAGGAAAAAAAUAUUAACAUGAAAGCCAAAAUGGGAAACGAAAAUGAAAACGAUUUGUAUAUCACCAAUGAAGAAAAAUAUAGUUAUUUAAAUGGGGGAGAAAAAAAAAGAAUAAAAUAUGCAUAUAUAUUCAUACAAAAUAUUCUAAAUUAUAUAUUUAUUGAACAUUAUUUCCCAAUUAUAUCAAAACCUACUUUGGAAAAUUUUAUUAUAUGUAGUUUGAAUUUUAUAAAAAAUAAGUCCCAAAAAAAAGACGCUUAUUCAUUUUUUGCUUAUAACCUUUUAAAAAUAUAUUUUAAGAAAAACAAAAUUAUAGACAUAAAUAUAUUUUAUCUUCCAGAGUCUAUUAAAAAUGCUAAUACAUUGAAAGUGUUUCCUCAAAAUGGUAAGGAGUUGAGUCAAUAUAUUUUUGUUCUAGACUUUUUCUUUUUCCUUCUUUUUUUUUUUUUUAAUUCAAAGCAUAAUGGAAAAAACAGCCAAAAAAUGAUUUUGCAGAACUAUUUAAACGUUUUGGAGGAAAAAAUGGAUAAGGAAGGAAUAAUGAAAAAAUGUGAAAAAAUAAAGAUAUUAAGAAAUUGUCUUUUUUCAUAUGAGGAACUAGUAAAACCUAAAAAUGUUACAUUCACAGAUAGGGAUAAUAUACAAUCAGGAGAAAUAAAUGUAGAAAAUAAAAGUAAAAAAUUAUGUAUAUCAUUUGAUGAAAUGGAAAAAUCUAAAAUGAAUUUUAUUGAUACUGAUUGUAUUUGUAUUGAAGAAAAAGAACAAAAUUUGGAGGGCUUGGAAUAUUUCAAUUUUCAAGAAUUUAGCAACUUAUGUAUAUUUAACAUUUUCUUGAAUAAAAAAAAAGAAAAAAAAAAUUAUAAAUAUGAAAUAUUUUUACUGAACAAGUUUGUUUUUAGGUUUUUAUUCACAUUUAGUCAAAUGCCCUAUUUUUAUGAAAAUGUUAAUGUUUAUAUAAAAAAUUAUUUAUUUAAAAAAAGUUCAAAUUUUUUGUCUUUAUUUGAAAAGUGUGUGCAAGAAAAAGUUGAGACAAUUUCCAAGAGUAACAGCAAUGCUGAAAAAAUAUACAAAGCACAUGGGUGUGAAAAAAAAAAAAUAAAUACUUAUAUGUCAUGGAAUACAAAAAAAAAGGUAAUCAGCAAUAAAAAUAUCGUUAAAAAGUUGCAUUUGUUUUGGUGCUCUAUAAAGGCCAGAGAUAUAUUGAUAUUUUUUUGUAAUAAUUAUAAAUAUAUUUUUAAAAAAAAAAAUUGUAUAAAUAAACUGGAGUAA